GCACGGACCCGUUGCUUUGCCUCUGAUCGUGGUACCCCCGUCGUUUCCCUUGCUCUCCUACCCCUCCUUUUCUGCUUUCCUUCCCUUGAGAGCUUCUUUUUCCCCGCGAACAUCUCCUCUCACUUUCAAUUUGAAUAGAUCUCGGAGAAAGAUAGAAGUGACGCAUUGAUCUCCUCCACAGUGGUCGUUCUCGCGGACGCUCUUUUUCUCUCUGGAACUGGAUUUUUGAAACGACGUAGAAGCGUGGAUGAUACACCGGGGUGAGAACUGGAGAUGGAGUUGCUCGUGAUCAGCCUCUCCUUAUGGAUCCUGCAGUGCCGCUCAGCUCGCGCGGACUCCAUUAUUCACAUCGGAGCUAUUUUUGAACAGAACGCCAUACGGGACGACGAGGUUUUUCAGCUUGCCAUUUCAGACCUGAGUUUGAAUGACGACAUCCUCCAGAGCGAGAGGAUUACCCAUUCUAUCAAACUUAUCGAGCCCAACAACCCCUUCCAGGCGGUACAGGAAGCCUGUGAGCUCAUGAAUCAAGGGAUACUGGCUUUGGUGUCGUCGACGGGAUGUGCUGCAGCCAAUGCACUACAGUCUCUCACAGAUGCCAUGCACAUUCCUCACCUAUUCAUUCAGAGGAACGGAGACGGCACACCCCGUGCUGAGUGCCAGCUCAAUCCCAGCCCCGACGGAGAGCGCUACACGCUGGCCGCACGCCCUCCUGUGCGUCUGAGUGAUGUCAUGAUCACGCUCGUCUCUGAACUCCGCUGGCACAAAUUCAUCGUUUUCUAUGACAGCGAGUACGAUGUACGGGGACUGCGUGGGUUUCUGGACCAGGCGUCUCAAAUGGGUUUGGAUGUGUCUCUACAACAGGUUGACCGGAAUGUGACAAAGGUCUUUUCCACUCUGUUCAGCACGAUGAGGAUGGAGGAGCUGAACCGCUACCGGGACACUCUCAGACGGGCCAUCCUGCUGCUCAGUCCUCGCACUGCCCAGGUCUUCAUACACCAGGCAGUGGAAACGAAUCUAGCAUCCAAAGAUAGUCACUGGGUAUAUGCCAAUGAGGAGGUUAGUGACACGGAGAUCAUGGAGCUUGUCCACAGCGCUCUGGGCCGGAUGACAGUGAUCCGGCAGAUCUUCCCCCUGUGGAGGGACACCAACAUCCGCUGCAUGAGGAACAAUCAUCGCAUCUCCUCGCUGCUUUGCGACCCACAGGAAGGGUACCUGCAGUCUCUAGAGGUGUCUAGCCUGUACCUGUACGACAGUGUGCUGAUGUUGGCCAAUGCCUUCUACCGGAAGUUAGAGGACAGGAAGUGGCAUAGCAUGGCCAGUCUGAACUGCAUGAGGAAGUCAACCAAGCCCUGGAAUGGAGGCUGGUCCAUGCUAGACACAAUCCAAAAGGGGCGGAUUUCUGGGCUCACUGGUUUAAUGGACUUUCGAAGCAAUGGAGUGAACUCUCAUGUCCAGUUUGAGAUCCUGGGGACCAGUUACAGUGAGACGUUUGGAAAAGAUGUAAAGCGGCUGGCGACGUGGGACUCUGAUCGUGGGCUGAACGGCAGUCUGAGGGAGAACCGGGCUGAGCAUGGCAUGCAAGGAAUUACUCUGAAAGUGGUGACCUUACUGGAGGAGCCGUUCGUAAUGGUGGCAGAAAACAUUCUAGGUCAGCCCAAAAGAUAUAAGGGAUUUUCCAUAGAUGUUCUAGAUGCCCUGGCCAAAAUUCUGGGCUUUAAGUAUGACAUGUAUCAAGUGGCUGAUGGGAAAUAUGGAUCUCCUCAGGCCAAUGGGUCUUGGAAUGGACUGAUUGGAGAACUAAUGGGGAAGAGGGCAGAUGUGGCAAUUUCAGCCAUCACCAUCACUCCUGAUCGAGAGAAUGUGGUGGACUUCAGUAAACGUUACCUGGAUUAUUCUGUGGGAAUCCUGAUGACUAAAACAGAAGAGAGACUCAACAUAUUUUCCUUGCUGGCACCGUUUGACCUGGCGGUGUGGGCCUGCAUUGCUGCUGCCAUUCCUGUGGUGGGUGUCAUGGUCUUUCUGCUCCGACGCAUCCAGUCUGUCUGCUCCCAGAAUCCUCCAGGGCCCCACCAGCCCGCUUCUGUCACGACGUCCUUCCAAAGUGCCAUCUGGAUCGUCUACGGAGCCUUUGUACAGCAAGGUGGUGAAUCCUUCAUGAGUUCAGUGGCUCUCAGGAUUGCAAUGGGAAGCUGGUGGCUGUUUACCCUCAUUGUCUGUUCGUCCUACACAGCCAACCUGGCAGCCUACCUCACCGUAUCCCGCAUGGACAACGCUGUUCGAACAUUUCAAGACCUUUCCAAGCAGACAGAGCUGAGCUACGGAACGGUGAGAGACUCUGCUGUGUUCGAGUAUUUCAGGGUGAAGGGCACGAACCCCUUGGAGCAAGACAGCACUUUCGCCGAGCUGUGGAGAACUAUCAAUAAAAAUCAGGGACAGGACAACUCUGUGACCUCUCCUGCUGAAGGCAUCCGCAAGGUGAAACGGGAUCCGUACGCCUUCCUGUGGGACAUGGCAGUGUUAGAGUAUGCCGCUCUGACAGAUGAUGAUUGUACGCUGGUGGUCACAGGAAACAGCAUGAGCAGCAAAGGAUACGGCCUGGCUCUGCAGCACGGCAGCCCCUACAGAGAUCUCUUCUCGCAGAAGCAGUCACGGGUUCUCUGUGGUCUCAUACAGGACACUAAGGGCUGCACUCUGGAGAUGGCGUCUGGGUCAUUGGCAUAUAAUGAAAUUGCAACUGCUGCAGGAUGCACACGGGACGUUUGGCCAGAGAGAGAAAGAGACUGGGAAGACACGCAGGCUUUUUACACAGGUCAGCCGAGACCUGAGCAAGGAAUACCUAUUGCACACACUUCCACGUCAUUUUCAUUCACAUCUGUUCUUGCUCCAGUGCCCGUCCACUUUUCAUUUCUCGCUUAUUCUUUCUUUCUUGCCUUUUUCCACCCCACAAAUCAAUUCCCACCCUUUCAUCUUCCCCUCGCCUUAGACUCUGUCUCAAUCUCCCUGUUUCUUUGUCAUUGCCAGGACAAAGAGGUGAAUCUGGAGCAGGUUCACCAGCGUUUGAGUGGGCUGAUGGAGGACGAUCUGGCACACAAGCAGCUGCCAGGUCAGUCUCUGGAGAUCUCUGCCCUGGACAUGGGCAGCAUGCGGCCACAGCAGAGCUCCCAGGAAGCCAUGAGAGAUUUCCCCCCUGGGGGCCUGUCCGUGACUUCCUUCCUCCAGGAGGGUCCUGGGGUCGGCCGCGUGCCCGGACGGAGCCUCCCCCUCCCUCUCAGCAGUUGCACUCUGCCACCCUCCAUGCGCUGCAAACACCGGGCGCCCAACGGAGGCCUUUUCCGCCAGAGCCCCGUAAAGACACCGAUGCCAAUCUCUUACCAGGCAAUGCCCAGGGGACCCAUCCCAGAAGCCAUUGAUCCAAGCCAUGGGACCUCUAUUUGAGCAACCGGUCUGAGCGUUCUAAAGACUGCCAGCCAGCCAAUCACAAAAACCAGGUUUGGACCAGGUCUGGUUGC